CGGGCUUUCUGUCUCCAUCCGUGCCAUAAUCCAGGUCAGCGAGUAGAAACAACAGUGAGCUGCACUAAUGGUGCUGACUCUGCUCAUGUCUCUCCCUCCAAAGUAAAACACAGCCUCGCCCCGUUCCACCCCUUGACCCGCAGAGGAGCAGCUGAUGGCAAGGGCAGAGCUCGGAGAGGAGGAACCGAGAGCUCGGAGAGGAGGAACCGGGAUUGGACUCUGUUCCCGAGGGCAGGCUGGGUUUGUUCCGGUGCAGAGAUUGUCCUUCCUUACUCAAAGGGAGCAGAGGGGAGCCUCUUGCAGAUUUAAUUUUGCCAGGCAGGAGGAGGCUUGACAUUGCAGUCCAUCUUAACAGCUGCUGGUGCCAAAAGGAACCCCAGAACAGAGACUGAGGAGUUACCUGAAAGACUUCUGCAGCAGUGGGACCCCCUACCAGAGAAAACCAGGCACGCUGGAAUCACCUGCUGAGAGAAAAUGUUUGCAGCCUAUUUUGAUUGCCCAGGAGGCCCAGAAAAUCUCUGUAUGAAAGAAGUGAUGAAACCAAAUCCAGGAGAAGGAGAAGUUCUUGUGAAGGUCUCUGCCAGUGCUCUGAAUAGGGCAGAUUUACUUCAGAGGAGAGGGAAGUACCCUCCCCCCGAAGGAGCAAGUGAUAUUUUAGGCUUAGAAGCAGCUGGCAGUGUGGCUGGGCUGGGCCCUGGCUGCAGGGGCUCUUGGAAGGUCGGCGAUGCAGUGAUGGCUCUGCUCUCCGGAGGAGGCCAAGCACAGUACGUUGCAGUUCCUGAGGGCCACCUGAUGCCAAUCCCUAAAGAUAUGACUUUUAUCCAGGCUGCAGCCAUUCCCGAAGCCUGGUUAACAGCAUUUCAGCUGCUGCAUUUUGUAGGUAAAGUACAGGAGGGUGAGACAGUGCUGAUCCAUGCUGGAGCCAGUGGAGUUGGCAUGGCAGCCAUUCAGCUGGUGAGACUGGCAAAAGCAAUUCCCAUCGUGACAGCAGGAACUCAAGAGAAACUGAAAGCAACAGCAAACGCUGGAGCAGCUGCAGGGUUCAACUACAAGAGUGAAGAUUUUAGUGAAAAAGUCCUGGAGUUCACCCAAGGUUCUGGAGUGGAUAUUAUUUUAGACUGUGUUGGUGGCUCAUACUGGGAGAAGAAUCUCAACUGUCUGGGUACUGAUGGUCGGUGGAUUAUUUAUGGACUACUGAGCGGAGGUGAAGUCCAUGGGGAUUUGCUGGCAAGGCUGCUUUACAAAAGAGCCAGCAUCCACACGAGUCUAUUACGGUCACGAGACAAGGAGUACAAGGAGCGGCUGGUGAGAGCCUUCACAGAGGAUGCGCUGCCCCAUUUUUCCGGAGGGGCUUCCCCGCGUCUCCAGCCGCUCGUGGACAGCGUCUACCCCCUGCACAAGAUCGCAGAGGCACACAGGGUCAUGGAGGAGAACAGGAACAUCGGCAAAAUCGUCAUCGAAGUGCCCGUUUGCUUCAAGAAAGGGCCGCUGCUGUAGCUGUGCUGGGUGCCAGGGUCACUGCGGGGCUUGGACUGCAGAGACCGCUUAUUGUGGGCGGUGAAGAAGGGCAGAGGAUUACGGGAGGCGUUUAUUGAAAAGGUGGCGAGGAGGGGCAAAGGAUUUCGGGAGGCGUUUAUUAAAAACAGGUCCGUGUUGCAGCUCUGUGG